CCCUCGCCCCGCCCCUCUCCGGCCGCCUGCUCUGCGCGCCCAUCCCUGCGGUGGCCACGGUGGAGUGGGCUGCUGACUCGCAGCACGUGCUGUACACCCAGCUGGACGACAGACUCAGGUCGCACAGGUGAGCAUUGGGCGGGGGAGAAAGAGAGCGAGAGGUUGGCAGGCUGUGAGGACUGGCGCUUCCUCACCCUCAACCUCAACACACGCAGCUCAUCGGAGGUUUAUCUAUUGGACGCCCACAGCCCCCAAGGGGCGCCUCAGCUGCUGCAGGGGCGGCAGGAGGGCGUGCAGUGGUUCGUGGAGCACCACGGGGGGUGGCUCUACGCCGUCACCAACCAGAGGGAGGGGAGGUACCGCAUAGUGAGGGCGCCAGUGGGCUCUGCGCACUUUGCUGACAGCUGGCAGAGCCUUGUCAUCGGGGUGGAGGGGUCGGACGUGCGGCCAUCAGACGUGGUCAUAUCGGACAUAGAGGUGUUCCGCCGCUGCCUCGCCAUCCACUGCCUCAUCCACACCCUGCCGCACCUGCUGCUGCUGCCCCUGCCGCCCCCUGGGGAAAGGAGUGUCACGGGGGCCGAGAGUGUGAGAGGGGAGAGCAGCAGCAGCCAUGCCUGCCGUGAAGUGGUGACAGGCGGAGAGGAGGGCACAGGGUUGGAGGAGGGGGGAAAGGAGGAGUGGGAGGGGAGGAUGCAGCUACCGGAGCGGGUGUGCCAUGUGGUGGCAGGGGGCAACCAGGACCACAAUGCCACUGACAUGCGCAUCAUGGUGUCGUCCCCUGUUAUGCCUGAAGCCGUGUGUGCGGUGCACAUGCCCUCGGGCGCCCUCUCGCUGCUGCACCAGGAGCCGUACGACCGCCAGCCCAACCCUCACCACCAACAGCAGCCACAGCAGCCACAGCAGCAGCAGAGGCAUCAGCAGCUGCAGCAUCAGCAGGAGCAGCCAAUAGAUAUCUCCCCUUCGACAUCACCUCCACACUCCCCCAGCACUCCCCUACCCCUAUCGCGCGUGCCUGGGCUGGCCUGCCAGCGCGUGUGGGCGAGAGCAGAGGACGGCACAGCCGUGCCGCUCACUCUCAUCCACCACGAGGGCAGGCGCACGGACGCCACGGGCCCCGCGCUGCUGGAGGGGUAUGGGGCGUACGGGGAGGUGAUGGCGGCGGACUGGGUGCCACACCGCCUGCCUCUGCUGCACCGCGGCUGGACCAUCGCCCUUGCACACACCAGGGGGGGCGGCGAGCUGGCCACGCAUGGCACGAGGCAGGGCGUGGGGAGCAGAAGCGUCGGGCGGCUGGCGGCCAGAGGCAGCAGCGGGGGGGGCUUUCUGGUGGCAGCUGCUGUCAAUGCGGAUCCCAGCCUGUUUCAAGCCGUGGUGCUGGAUGUGCCAUUCCUAGACGGUCUGGCGUCCAUGUGCAACCCCGCCCUGCCGCUCACAGUGCUGGACCGCCACGAGUGGGGCGACCCCCUGGCUUCCCCUGCUGCUUUCCGCGCCCUGAGGGCGCUGUGCCCCGUGCUGAACGUGCAGCCAGGGGUGCGGUACCCUGCCGCACUGCUCUCCACCGCCCUGCACGACUCCAGGGUGGGGCCGUGGGAGCCGUUGAAGUGGGCAGCGAGGGUGCGGGAGGAGAGUGAGUAUGACGACAGCGAGAGGCCGGUGGUGGUGCGUGUGUGGGGCGACAGGGGGCACGUGGCGCCGAGCAGCGGCAGGGAGCAGCUGGAGGAUGUGGCGCUGGAGCAUGCCUUCCUGCUCAGGCAUGUCGGUGGAAGCGGCUGAGCAUGCCCUGCUCUUCCACCUCUCCUUUUUGGGCUCAGCCGAGCAAGGUUCAGAGCAAGCUGUGUGCUGCACACUCGUGCUGGCUCCGCUGGCUGAUUCCAGAACGUGACACCAAUCUUCCGCGCAUUGCAGCACUGAUGUGAAGAGGGUUGUCUUGACAAAAGCCAAGCUCA